GAAUAAAUCUGGCGGUAUCAGACAAGAAACGUUGACCCCAAAGAGUUGCAUUGAUUCAGAUGCCGAUAGCACCUGCUAUCUGGGGUCCAAGAACAGAAGCGGCGAGUGAAAGUAUUCUUACGGCAUCUGGAGUGUCUGCCAGCACGGGAAGUGGUCAGUAGAACACCAGAACCCAUUCAGAAGUACCACGAGCUUUCGGUAUAGCACUCGCACGUGUCAAUCAAGUAACUUAGCCAUUCCGAAGAGUCGACAAUUAGAUUUUGGUGAUAAACUGGACGCAUCCUUCGUGCAUUAUCGAUGCACUAUGAGAGGUAAUAUAGAGUUUUACCUUGUCGUGGUCUUAACUGUGAGUGUGUCCCUUCCCUGUGCCCUAGGGGUUUCUUCGCGUUUACCACGAACCAGUGCGGGUUUUAAUAGGACUAAUUUCAAGAGGAAUAUUCAGACGUCGUCGAGGGCGACCACCACAAGCUCCAUUCCACCCAUUCUGAAAGAUGAUGGGUCGGACGAGUAUGGCAAAAUAAGGGAGCGUUACCUCUUCGACUUCUUCGAAGUGCUGAUAUCAACACUGGACACGAAACUCCAGCGUAUAGAGAACCUCGACAAAGCGGUCGAGCACCUGAUGCGGAGGGUCGAAUCCCUGGACACGAGGGUAUCCAGCAACAUCGAAAAAACCGAAUCCGUCAUCUCCAAGCUGGAGAACCUAGACGGUAGGCUGCUGAGGGAGAAGUCCAACGUUUAUUUCUCCAACGAUAACUCGGAAUCGAACGAGAGGAACGACAAUUCGGACAUCAACAAGAAGCUGCAGAGUUUGGAGACCAAGGUCGAUGUCAUCGAUGGCAAAAUGAACGAUUUGAAGAACCACUUUGACGGCGGCAAUGGCUACUUGCCGAACGAUGAGUUUAACGCUGAAGCCAGCGAGAAGAAGCCAAUUCUGAUGAACGUUGUCGAAAUUACCAAGGCCUUGAAUACUGAGGUCAUAAACCACGUGUCCAAGGAGCUCGGUUUGCUCCGGGAAUCGACCAGCAACAUAGACCGAAAGCUGCAAUUCCACAUAAACCUCGUAUCGGACAACUUGGGCAAAAUGCUGCACCGCAUCACCGACAUCCACCACGCCAUCAUCGACUACGCCUCUUACAACUACACCACGACCACCACAACAAGCCCCAUCGAGGAGAGAUUGGCCAAGAACAACAAGAUCGACGCUCUCACCGAACAGAUCAAACCCAUCGUGACGGUUUCGGAGAAGAUCCAGGAGGUGUGGAACGUGGUGGUGGGCACCAAAAGCUCCGUGGAUAACCUUCUGCCGAAAUCUGACGAGCUGUUGUCCCAGACGCAGCGUCAGGAGAGGGCCAUCGGGGAGAUCCACAACGAUCUGAGGACCAAGACGAACAAGAUCAUCGCCAAUCUGGAUAAGGUGGACAGGAGGUUGAAGAAGCAGGAGAGCGACGUGGCAAGCUUAGCCCAGGGUCCUGUUCGUGCUGAGCUUCUGCUGGAUCCCACGAUUGACAGGUUGAUAGAGUUCGAUCCGAAAAGGUAUGUGGAGGAAUAUCCAGAAACAAGCACUGAAUCCUACACAACAUUUUACCCAACCCUGGCUUUCAACGGUCCAGCCAACGUUCCAACAGUCAAUCAAAGUGCACCAUCUACAGUAACUUCUUUACCUAUCCAAGCUACCACUUCCGCAGAAAAAAAGAUAGAAAAACGGAAAGAUGGAGUUAUAUUUCCAAGUAUUAAGAACAAACCUGGACCGGCCAAUACUACAUUUGCUACUGAAUUAUUGGAUUUGUCGAAAGAUGUGAAGGGAUAUUCCUGUGUGGACCUAUUGAAUGCCGAAAUGAGAAAAUCAGGAGUUUAUUAUCUGCAAAUUAGGGGCACAACAUAUUGGUUCCUGAAAGUCUUCUGCGAACAAGAGAUUGCUGAUGGUGGUUGGACGGUCAUACAAAGAAGGGAUGAUUUUGGCGAUCCAAGGGAGAAUUUCAACCGCGAUUGGAACGAUUAUAAAAAUGGAUUUGGUGAUCCUGCUAAGGAAUUCUGGUUGGGUAACGAGAACAUCUACAUGCUCACCAACAACGAAGAAUAUAUUUUGAGGGUGGAACUCGAAGACUUCGAAGGAAAUAGGAGGUAUGCCCAGUAUUCGCACUUUAAGAUAUAUUCUGAAGCAGAAUAUUACAAGCUGGAAAUCGAUGGUUAUGAAGGGACAGCUGGGGAUUCCUUGAACGAUCCUUGGUAUGGCAGUAACAACAGCCCAUUCUCGACUUAUAACAGAGAUAACGACAGAUCAAGCUUGAAUUGUGCAUCGAUGUUGAAGGGUGGUUGGUGGUGGAAAUCUUGUGGCAGGGGGUUGAAUGGUUUGUAUCUGAACGACCCUCAGGAUCUUACCGCAAGACAAGGUAUUGUGUGGUUCAGAUGGAGGGGAUGGGACUACACCUUGAAGAAAGCCAUGAUGAUGAUCAAGCCCAAAGGCCUGAUAUCGUCAUCGAAUUGACGAAAAACUAGUGGAAAUUCAUAGAGUUUGUUGUACAUAAAUAAAAACAAAUAGGUUUAUUCUAAAGUAAGAACAUCUUGGAUAUGUUUUUCGAGUAAAAUUUGUCAAUGCUGAUGGAUGAAAAUUGACAAUUACCAUAACCAUAUUCAGAGUAAUAUGAUGGAAAUCUGAGUAGGAGUAUUAGAGACUGAAUUAUAUAGAAAUCUAGUUCUCCCCCAUAGCUACAUCAGUUGCCCUAACCUCUUGCUUAAAGUGUUGACACUUUACCAUACAAAAAACAGUAUUGAACAUGUGUAACUAGAUUAAGAUAUAGCCAAUAAUAAUGCACUGUAAAAAUGUAAGUAGAUACUGCCGAAAAAAAUAUUAAAAUUGUAUGUGCAAAUAUAUAACAGUACCGAUGUAAAGAAAUAAAUAAAUCCCGUCUAUUUAUUUUAUUUGCGUGUGUUUAUAAGGAACUUACCGAAUAGAAUGUUUUGUUAAAAAUUAUAUAAGUGUAUAUUUCUAUGAAAUAAAAAACUUUUUUCACUC